UGUGUGUGUGUGUGUGUGUGUGUGUGUGUGCGUGUGCUGUAGCUCAAUUGGUUAGAGAGUGCAUUUGGAGAAUGAAAACAUCCGGGACCUUGCAGGGUUGCAGGUUCAAGUCACAGUGAUGGCGAGCUAUGGCAUAAUUUCCUUAAGCAAGAAACUUACACACAAUUGCUUCUCUCGACUCAGGAGUAUAAAUGAGUACCGGGUCAUUGACUAGGGUGGACAUGAUCGCUGGCUUGGCUCUGACAUCAGCAGCAGACGGGUACGUGUGGGCCUUGGUGUCCAGUCCCAAAGCUGCGCCAUAGUCAGUGCCCCUGGAUGACUCUGGCCAAGCUCCAGGUGGAUUGUAGCGCUGGCCCUAAGCCUCCACGUAGCGCAUGGAGGCCCUGUCUCUAGAGGCAGGGGAUCUAUCUCCGCAAUUGACCUUAAGGUUGACGUCAUUCACGAAUGACGUGGAGAGCUUGACAUUUGUUCAUUUUGUCCAUUUCUGUGCGUGUGCUGUGCAUGCAUGUGUGCUGUGCAUGCAUGUGUUGUGAGAGGUUGUUCAGAAGCAGAACCUAACACUUUGCAGGGGACACAUAAAUCUUAUUGGUCAAAUGGUAUGUUCCAACACAUGUUUGUUGAGUCAUAUUUCAGCUUCAUUCUUGGAUUUCAUUAUCUUUGGACUCAAUUCUGCUGAUGAACUUUGCCAGGCUGAUAUCAUAUUUGUACUUGUAACUGUUUACAAACACCAGCAAACUGUUAGCCACAUUUCUCUCCGAGCAUCUGCCUCACUGUGCCACCACGUGUGUCUAUCCAUCUGUUCAACACGUGUUUUUGAGCUUCAAGUCAAUUUGCUUGGGCUCAUUCAAGUUUUAUUGGAGACAAAGGAGUUUAUCGAUAUUUUGUUGAAGUUGUGUCUAUCAGCUUGUAAUGAAACUCUUCUUCGAGGAUUCCGUCGGAUGCUUGCAUGUGAUUACGAUAUUUUGCGUAUUGGAGCUAUUCAGUGCUGCAUAAAAUUACUGUCUGCUGACAGCCAGUUUGCUGAAAAGCUGUUGCAGUCUGAUAUUUCAGAGUUUCUCAGUGAACUGCUAAAGACAACCAAUGAAAGUGUGCUACGGUGUGCUUUGCAAUGUCUUUAUCUCAUUGCAGACCACCAGCUUUACUACUCCGGUUGUCACUCAAUCUAUGGAAUUGAAGCGAUCAUUACUGUGCUCACUGUGACAUCUAAGAGCAACAAUUCAACAAGACUUUCUUGCUGUGGACUACAACUGCUAGAAAGACUCCUUUCAAGGCAGCCUGCUAGCUUGCAGUUAUUCAAUUCAAUGACUUUGAGCUUCAAGUGCAUGGACGCCAUUACUUCAUUUCUGUCGUCAAAGGAUGAGACUGUGCAAACAUUAGCAUGGACAACACUGGCAUCAUUUUUACGGCAGCAGCAUAUACCUCACGUGGUGGACAUGUAUGGAAACAUUUCAAAAGCCCUUGCAGUAUGCAGAGAAUGUACAGGUGAUGACAUCGCAGCUGUAGUGCCAAGCAGUGAAGAGUUAUUAGGAGCUAUUCUUGAGUCUAUGGACAAAGCCUGCCAGCUUGGAACAUUAGAUAUCAGUACUGUAAUAUCACAAACAACUGACACAUUCAACCCAUGCUCUGUUAACAGCAUUCCUGACAAUAGUUUAGUUGAGAACGAAAGGGCAAAUCUUGUACAGCAACAUUUUCGCCAGCAGCUUGUGGAGUUAUGUGACUCUUCGUGUAUUCCUUAUGCUAUGAUGUUGAUGAGAGACAUAGAAGGCCACGAGGACUUUCAUGAGAUUUUCUACCGCCUUUUGAUGAAACUAGUUACUUUGGAUGAGGAGAUAGGAGAAGCAUUGGCUAUCAAAUGGGCUGACGUUGGGAUACUAAGGUUUGCCGUUAACGCUAAAGUGAAACUCAGUACGGCUGUCAGAAAGUCAUCUACCCUGUGCAUUGCUGUUGACGAUCUUUUGUCUGAGAUGUGCUACCGAUUGCUCCGCCAGAUGCGCCUUGGUUGUUCAGACGAGACCGAGCAUGUCCGAUUGGUUCUGACGGAUAGUCUGCCAAGGAUUACUGGCACCAUUUCAGAGUGUCUUUCCUUGCUCUACCAAAACUAUUCGCCUUGCUCAACUACUUCUUGUCAUCAAACUGCUCUCUUAGCACUACUGACUGUAUCAGCGAUGUGCAAUCAUAGGCUUGUUUCGGCCGUUCUGCUUCUUUCUGCUUUGUCCAGCUUUGUAGAAGUUGUAGGAGACAUAUGCUUAUUACCCAAUCUCGUUAGCAAGUUUGUCACGUAUCUUUUUGCGGACAGCAUGACACAGCUGUGCGGAAGCAAGAUUCAAACGAACUACCGGAAUGUUGAAGAGCUGCUUUGUCGAAGUCUCCAACGAUCCAAAGACUCCAACACAGACACGGUGCAUUUGACUUUUUUACAUCCUACUGUGCUGCAGUGGAUAAUGAUGUCGUCUCUUCGAUCGAGUAAAUACGGAAUGAAGAUGUUGCUGCGUUUCUUAUCCAUGUAUGAAGACGUCAACACUUGCUUAGACGAUAUAGGGAUCGAUAAAGAAACUUGUGUCGCUUGCUUGACGGAAAAUGCACUGACAGAGGACUGUGUAGACGUUACGUAUACAUUUCAGUUGGUGAAAAGUCUUCAUGGAAUCGUUAUGUCUGAUAUUCCUGCUUUUAAUUCUGCUAAAGACAUAUUGGAAAGGACUAGUUUUCGGUGCAUACAUCUACUUGUCGGCAAGCUUCUAUCGAAUCAUAGAUUGUCUCCUCUUCCCGAUGCCACUGUUGAAGCUGUGUUGAUUUUGUUGACGAGACAGGCGAUGUCGGAGGCACAGGUUUCCUUUGCUGGAGAAGCAACCGAAUUGAAGUACAUCUGCCAAGUGAUGUCAGUUCUUGAAAGAAGCUUGUCACGGGAUACUCCAGCACAUGACGUAUUGCUUGCCGCCCUCAACUACUUGCACGUUGCUACUUCAAAAUCAACGAAAUGCAACCACCAAGUCUUAUCGGUCUUGUUAUCAAAUGCUGACUUUGUGCAGUCCCUUCAGUAUUUGUUGAAUACUACGGUUGUUCGAGCAAAAUGCGUAGCUGCUGCUUUGUACCUGACUGGACGGCUGGUGGAGUCUGCUCACGAUUUUAAUAUUCCCUGUCAAAAUCGGCUCCAUCUGGUUGCUGAUUACUUACUGUUUUUGGCUGAUCCACAAACAGGAUCGAUCACUGCCUCAGGUGCACUGUUUCUGUGGUCAGCGAUGUUGAAGUAUGAGUUGUUUGUUCAAUUGGCAUACAAUAAAGACGCACUAAGAGAUGCAGAAACGUCAAUGCUGAACGUCAGAGAAAACGUUUUGCGACGUCUCGUUAUUCUUCUCCAGAACCACGUACUUCAAGGAGAUACGUUAGCAGCCAAUUCUGCGGUUAGGUGCUUUGGGGAGCUGUUAACGUAUACGCACAGAUAUUCGCCAAUGAUCACUUUGAAGUUAAUAAAGCAACCAUGGAAUAUAUUGUGUGUUAAAUCUUGCUUGCUACAUUCCUCAGUGUAUUCGGUCAGCACAGUCGUCUUUGUGUGUUUGCUGAUUAAGUAUUCUGAUGCACAUCCUAGGCAUCACCAUUGGCCAUAUUAUGAAGUUGUAUCUACUCUAACUGAUUGCUUUAUCCACUUCCCAUCACUGGAAUGUACUAAGUCGCAGCUACUAUGGGCAUUUAUUCAACUACUACAACAGAUUAUUGAGAAAGGCAUUACCAGUACUGAUCACAUGGCAAGGGAGAAAUGUGCUAUUGUUGUAAACCUGUUGCAGCACAUACGGAAAUCACUAAAUGUGUCCACUGCCCAAAAACAAUGCUGCCCCCAGUCAGAAUUUAUAUUCAUUGAUGGUGUAUUGGUGGAUGAUCAAGUCUGCUCUGAUGCAAGUUCAUCAGCAAUAUGUCUCCAACAUGACACCAGUAUUCUUCAAACAGUUAUUGAAGGUCUACUAAAGUAGUUAAGCAACUAGAUGACAUGCCAUGCACUUUCAGUUUAACCUAUAACUGUACUGUUUGUUAAUUAAUCAACAAAGAAACUAACAAUAGCACA